AUUAUCAAUUUGAUAAUACAAACCAAAUUUAAUAAAUAAUUUACGAUUUAUAAAAUAGGAUAGAGGUCGCUAGAAAAAGACUCAAGCGGAAAUUGCGUCCGCCAUUUUCUUCCUCUUUAAAACGUGUUCUGUAAGGCAGGUCUGAAAAAUGACGAACUCGAAAGGUUAUCGUAGGGGAACCCGGGACCUGUUCUCUCGGAAGUUCCGCAAGCAUGGGGUUAUCCCCCUGUCGACGUACAUGAAAGUGUACAAAGUCGGCGAUAUCGUGGAUAUUAAGGGCAAUGGAGCCGUUCAGAAGGGCAUGCCCUACAAGGUGUACCAUGGGAAAACUGGCCGUGUGUUCAAUGUGACGGCUCACGCUUUGGGUGUGAUUGUUAACAAGCGUGUUGGGGGCCGUAUUAUCCCCAAACGUAUCAAUAUCCGUAUUGAGCACGUGAAUCACUCCAAGUGCAGGCAAGACUUCUUGACCAGAGUGAAACAAAACGAAAAAUUGCGAAAAGAAGCUAAGGAGAAGAACAUUCGAGUGAAUUUGAAGAGACAGCCAGCACAGCCAAGGCCUGCACACAUCGUCAGUGGGAAAGUACCAGCCGUUCAAUUGGCUCCUAUCCCAUAUGAAUUUAUUGCUUAAUUUGUACGCCUUUUGUGUAAUAAAGACAUAAAACAAA